AUGCUAACCAAUCAGAAAGCUUAUUUCAUAAUUGACAUCGGUAACACACUUCUUUCAUCCUUCGUAUCUUCAGUCUUUAGUAUCAAUCGAAUUUAUCAUCAAGAAGGAUAUUCUAGGAUCGAUACCUGGAGAAAUGAAUUAGAAGAAACCUGCAAAAUAUUACGGAAAUGUCUUUCUAAAAUCAAAAAAAGUUAUUCAAAUCCGUCACAGCAUCAAGCAAUGCACAGAAAAUCUGUUGAUGUUAAUGUCAAGCUGGAAACUAAGCCCACAGUUAAUAAAAACAGGGUUUUAAUUAGCCCAGUGAAAAAACUUUCUACUGGUCGAUCAUAUCAUCUUAUGUCCCCCAUUGACAGUGACCAAGAAUUAAAUGACUUGGAGGUUGCGACAGUUUUAGCAGAAGGAGAAUCCCAUGUGCAGAAAUUCUCUUCAGUAAACAAAAGCAGAAAGUCUGAUCUUCCCAGUAAAGUCAACCAAUCACCUUUCAGGCCAUCGACAGUAAUCACAAAUUUGCAAAGAGGCAAUGUACAGACAACUACUCCAUCAAUGUUACAAAAUAUCAGUAUUCACCAAAAAGCAGCCCAAGGAGAAUUAGUUCUUUUGCGCAAUGAAUCUACUGACAGUGCCAACAUUAAUCGAGUGGAUGAACAAGGACUGACUGCCUUAUUGUGGGCUUGUGCAAAUGGCCAAUUGACAACCAUAGAAUAUCUAUUAAAGAAUGGUGCCAAUCCAUGUGCCCAGGGAAACAAGGGAGAGAAUGCUUUACUUUUUGCUUGCUGUUUUGGCUAUGUUGAUAUUGCCAAAUUGUUGCUAAAAAUUGGAAUGGAUGUUAACUACACAGAUGAAAGUGGUAGUACUGCACUUAUGUAUGCUGCCAACAAUAACCAUCCCAGCUGUGUGAAACUUUUGUUAGAAUGUGGGGCUGAUUUCACUAUGUGCAAUGAGGAUCAUCUGACAGCCAUGGAUUUGGCAGUUGGGCAAGGACACAAAGGUGUUCAGAAUUCCCUGAUCUGUGAUCUGUCUCUCUCUCUCUCUCUCUCUCUCUCUCUCUCUCUGCCACGUCUGCCGCUUCUCUCACGUUCCGACGCGUUCUCUGAUCCUAUCCAAUCUGAUCUCUGA